CUCGGCGUUACGUCGGGGCGCGUUACGGGGGCCGAGAAGGGAAGGAAUGUGGGCGCGGGCAGUGUGGCUGGGCCUCCGGGCCCCGCUGGGCGGACGUCGGGGCUUCACCUCCAAGGCGGAUCCACAGGGAAGUGGCCGAGUCACCGCCGACGUGAUCGAGCACCUGGAGCGUCUAGCGCUCGUGGACUUCGGCAGCCGCGAGGCGGUGGCGCGGCUGGAGAAAGCCAUCGCCUUCGCCGACCGGCUCCACGCCGUGCACACGGACGGGGUGGAGCCCAUGGAGUCCGUACUGGAGGACAGAUGUUUAUACUUGAGAUCCGACAAUGUAGUUGAAGGCAACUGUGCUGAAGAACUACUACAAAACUCUCAUCGUGUCGUGGAAGAGUAUUUUGUGGCCCCUCCAGGUAAUAUCUCUUUGCCAAAGCUGGAUGAACAAGAGCCCUUCCCGCACAGCUGAGUAGUUAUUCUGGGAAGGGGGUACUCUGUGGACACAUGGAAGCACAGUAAUAGUUUUGUUAUUAUGAACACUAACGUCCCACUUCUUUUGGUCACCUAAAAAAAUGGAGGCUCAAACAUUUCUUAGUAACUGACUUCUGAAGACAGAUUGGAAAAGAGCUAGCCAAAACAAGGCAAUGAGUUCCUGAUGCUAAUGGAAAUAAAAGGAAAGAGCAAAAAGUCAGUUUCCAGUCAAGUAUUUACUUAACAGACCUGUUCAGUAUGGAAGACAUUAUCUUCCUUUAUCUCCCCCCCAAAAGACUGUCUACCAAAUUCCAUAAAAGUAUAUUUUCCUUUUUAUAUAAGUGGUAGACAGAGCAUCUGAUCACUGUAACAACCCAAGUUGUCAUCUUUAGUUGCUAUUUCUGUUGGUUUCAGCAGCCCUAUCUUUACUGAACAUACCCAAAUUUGUUCCUGGGUACCCACUUUGUUUCUGGCAGAGAGCUUUUUGUCAGGGUCUGAAGAGUAUUCAAAGUAGACUACAGUUUAGGAACUCCUAACAUAGAACCAUCUGCCAUCCCACAAAGUGACUGUGUAUACAAAAGGGAUACUAAUCAUAUGCUGGUGUUUUUCCUUCUGAGAAGAGAAUGUAUCAAAAUACCACUGGGCCUAGGACAAAGAAGGCCUUUCCACCUACAAAGUGAUUAUUAAAUUAAGAUGAAUCCAAAA